CACCCUUUACAACCACAGAAACCCCUACAACUACAACUAUGCCCAUGACCAUUUCAUUGAGCAAAAUCCCUUUGCAGUUUGCAAUCCAAGUUGACCCAGCUGUGCAUUCCUGUACCGAGGGGGAACUUCUGCCCCAGUUUCUGUCCCCAACUCCAAGAAAUGGAGAAUUCCUUAAUGCGUCUGUCAAUCGGGAACUGGAAAUCAAGCUGAGCGCUACCGCAUCACAAUCAUGGGUAAACGACUUCAUUAUCAGCGGACCGCUGAACAUCACAAAGUACAAUACCAUCAAUGGGGCAGUUGGAAAAUCUCUAAUAAGGUGGACACCAACUGAAAAUGACCUUGGUGAUCAUGUUCCAAUUUGCUUCAUUGCAGAGAGUCACUCUGGGUCCAGAAUCUUUCAUUCGGAAAUGAGAUGCGUCAUUGUCUCUGUUGUACGUGGACCUGGCAAAGCCACUGUGAUUUGUGAUGAGAACACAAUGACAGUGGAAGUGGAGAAGGCCUCAAUAAUUGGACUUCAUGAAGAUCACCUGCGUCUCAAUGAUGCCUCUUGCACCCCCAUCUCCAACGGCACCCAUGUGAUCGCUGCCAUGUCCCUCAGCUCCUGUGGGACAAUACUGGAGGAGGACGCGGACAACCUGAUCUUCAAAAAUGAAAUUACAUCAUAUGACAAACUUGGUGACGUCAUUACCAGGAAACACCAGGUGGAGAUCGAGUUCUCGUGCUCGUACCCCAAGAAGGGCAAUGUGUCUCUGGAAUUCAGGGCGCACAAGAUUCCUUUCGUGUUCACGGAAAAAGGGUUCGGAAAGUUCACCUACCAGUUUGAGUUCUUCCACAGUGACCUGUUCGACCGCAUGGUGGACCCCAGUACCUACCCAGUAGAGGUGCCCCUGAGAGAGAUGCUCUACAUGGAAAUCAAAGCCACUUCCUCUUUUGCCAACACUGAACUCUUUGUGGAGUCCUGCAGAGCAACCCCUGUUGAUGACCCCAACUAUCACAUUUUCUAUGACAUAUUUGAAAAUGGUUGCACAGUGGACGAGACGGUGGUAGUCUAUCCAAGUCACUCUUCAGAAUUUAAAUUUGGAAUUGAGGCCUUCAAGUUCAUUGGGCAACAUGAGGAGGUCUUCAUAAGCUGCUCAGUCAUCCUGUGUGUGGCAGGGAACCCCUUCACCAGAUGUUCUCAGGGCUGCAUCAAUGCCACAGCCUCCCCUGUUGCACAUCACCACCACAGGAGGGCUGUUGCCACAGAGACGGUCAGACACUACAUUUCCCAGGGGCCUUUGCGUCUAAAGAAGAGCACAGACAUCACAGGUACUAGCAUCAUGUCUUCCUGCACACUCCUGCUGCUCCUGGUCUCCUGUUCUGGAGCCCUGGCCUCCCACUUCUACGGAGGGACCCUGACCUUCACCCCGAAAGGAAGGAACCCCGAUGGAUCGUUCAGGGUGGACUUCCGCUACAAGCGGACUUUCGAUUCCUGCUAUCAGGGGAACACCUGGUACUGUCUCAGUGGGAACUAUUGUUCUGGAGGAUUUCCCCAGACAACAAAUCACUCUGUCUUACACCGAUGGCACAUUGUCCAUCAAGUCUCCACUAGUUGUAAGAGACAAGCGGUGGUACUACGGCCCUAUGCCUACGACUACAGAAGCCCCUACAACUACAAACCCCCCUACGACUACAAUGGCCCCUACAACUACAUCAGCACCUACGACUACAGAAGCCCCUACAACUACAUCACCACCUAUGACUACAAUGGCCCCUACAACUACAUCAGCACCUACGACUACAGAAGCCCCUACAACUACAAACCCCCCUACGACUACAAUGGCCCCUACAACUACAUCAGCACCUACGACUACAGAAGCCCCUACAACUACAUCACCACCUACGACUACAAUGGCCCCUACAACUACAUCAGCACCUACGACUACAGAAGCCCCUACAACUACAAACCCCCCUACGACUACAAUGGCCCCUACAACUACAUCAGCACCUACGACUACAGAAGCCCCUACAACUACGUCACCCCCUACGACUACAAUGGCCCCUACAACUACAUCAGCACCUACGACUACAUCACCCCUUACGACUACAAUGGCCCCUACAACUACAUCAGCACCUACGACUACAGAAGCCCCUACAACUACAUCACCACCUACGACUACAGAAGCCCCUACAACUACGUCACCCCCUACGACUACAAUGGCCCCUACAACUACAUCAGCACCUACGACUACAUCACCCCUUACGACUACAAUGGCCCCUACAACUACAUCAGCACCUAUGACUACAGAAGCCCCUACAACUAUAUCACCCACUACGACUACAAUAGCCCUUACAACUACAUCAGCACCUACGACUACAGAAGCCCCUACAACUAUAUCACCCACUACGACUACAGUGGCCCCUACAACUAUGCGCAUGCCAAUGCCCAUGCCAAUGACCAUUCCAUUGAGCAAAAUCCCUUUGCAGUUUGCAAUCCAAGUUGACCCAGCUGUGCAUUCCUGUACCGAGGGGGAACUUCUGCCCCAGUUUCUGUCCCCAACUCCAAGAAAUGGAGAAUUCCUUA